UUCUGAACUCUUCUCAUUCAUAAAUUAACAAACCUUGCUUGUCUCUCUCUCUCUCCUCUUUCUCUUUCUCCCUCUCUCUCUUUCUUUCCCUCUUUUUGCAUAAGCACACUCAAGAAAGCCUUUUGCAAGAUGGGAAACUGCUUGAAGCACCAAUCAUCCACCAAUAAGUAUGAUGGCAGCGAUCACGAUAGCGAUGAUUGGGAUUUUCUGGCAGGUGAGGAGGGGUCUUUUGCUGCCACCAAGGCCAAAACGGUGACGGAGGUGAAGAUCAAGAUCACAAAGAAACAGCUAGAGGAAUUGUUGAGCAAAGUGGACGUGAGGGAGUUGAGGGUGGAGCAGGUUUUGUCACAGUUGAUGAACCAUAGUAGUGGAGGGUUCCAAUCACUUCAAAGACCAUGGAGGCCUGCACUUCAGAGCAUUCCUGAGGCCAAUUGAACUAGCUAGCUAGCUAGCUUCGCAUCUAUAUAUAUAUAUAUAUAGCUUAGGUUGUGUUAGUGAUUAGUGAGUGCAUGAUGGGAGUUGAUGAUGAUGAUGAAAAGAGAAUUGGCCUGUUGGGUCAAUCCUGAUUCUUGCUUUCAUGCAAGAGGGUUUGUGAUUUUAUGGUUGGGGUUUGAGGGUUAUAUGUUCUUGUAUUUUAUAGGGGGGAAACAAAGGGUGCUUUUGCAGUUUUUGUUCUUUGUACAUACAAAACAAGGGAGUGCCCUUUGUACUAGUUUGAGGCUUGUUAAUUAAUUUUCUUUCUCUCUAA